ACGUUUCUCUUCUUUUCUUCAAGUAUCCUUUUUUUUCCUUAUAAAAACAUAAUUGUCUUUUUCUCAUUUCAAGGUCUUUUCUCAAGCAAUGGUUGAAAGAAUUAUCUAUAUAUGAAGGUCUUUUCUCAUUUCAAGGUCUGUUGAGGAGAAUGGAAGGAAAUAAUAAGCAAAAUGAUUCUUCUUCUUCAUUUGUUUAUGAGCUUUUUGGCCCCAAAGAGACACACUCAUCUUCUUCUUUUGGAGUUCUUGGCUCUAUGUUUUCUUCUCAAUCCCCUAAUGUGUUAGGAAAAGAACCUGUCCUCUCUGAAGUGAGUGAAAAAACCAUCAAGGAAAGAUGGGACACUAUACUUGGAACACAUACACAUGGUGGCAUCUCCAAGGGCUAUGGGGGUGAAUUUCAAAAAACACAAACUAAAGAUAAGAUGAGUUCCAUCUAUCAAGAUCAAAGAAUUGAACCAUGUAAUCUCAGCUCAUCAAUAUUUUAUGGUGGCCAGGACAUAAUUAAUCAUGUUCAAAGCACACAAAAUGAAAGAAAGAACUUAUUGCCCAAGAAUGGUGGAGAAGAUGAUUUAGGUAUUGCUUCAAGAGGGGAUUGGUGGAAAGGGGGUCCCUAUUAUUAAAGUCGAUAUCAUUGUCAGCACUAUGCUUUAGAAGGUACACAGCAGGAUAUGGUGUAUCGGCCUUAUCAAUCAAAUUAUGUUGAUUAAGAACUAUAAUCAGUUAGAAUGUUAGAAUGUUAUGGAUAAAUAAUACUACUAUGAAUCUGCUAUUAAUCAUUUGUGUGUCUUAGUAUUGUCAUCUUUUUGAGUGGUCAAACUCUAAAUGUUAAAGUUAUUUAUUUUAUGGAAAAAAAACUCUUUUUA